AUGAUUAUUCUUGCUCAGACAAAAUGGAAACCAGUGUUGCCAAAGUUUCCUCGUCAGCUUUACCCUCUAGGCUACAAAAUGCAUCUCAGUGAUGGUGAAGUGAAGGUGACUAAAGAAGGAAAUGUAGUGAAUUCACCUUUCCAGAUUCACUAUUCUAGCAUCUAUAUAAUCAUUAAAGCUGUGAAUGGACUUGUGCUGAUAUGGGACAAAAUGACAAGUAUCAUCAUUAAGGCCACAACAAGCUUUCAAAAUAAAGUCUGUGGACUCUGUGGUAACUUUGAUGGCAAUUCAAAUAAUGAUUUUAACACAAGAGGUAAUUUGAAUGUAGAAGAUGUCCUAGAAUUUGCUAAUAGCUGGAAACUAUCUCCAAAAUGCGCAGAGGUAACUUCUGUAUUGGAUCCUUGUACAAAAAAUCCAUUAAGGAAGCCCUGGGCACAAAGACAUUGUAAUAUCAUUCUCAGUUCAGUCUUCAAACUCUGCCACACUCAGGUGGACCCAUAUACAUAUUAUGAGACCUGUGUAAAGGAUUCAUGUGGUUGUGAUGAAGGAGGAGAUUGUGAUUGCUUUUGUACAGCAGUAGCAAUGUAUGCCCAGGCGUGCAACGCAGCUUGUGUGUGUGUUGAGUGGAGAACACAGGAAAUUUGCCCUGUGUUCUGUGAUUACUAUAACAAAGAAGAAGAAUGUGUGUGGCAUUACAAAGCAUGUGGCACAUGCUUAAAGACCUGCAGAAAUCCUGAAGGCUUAUGUUUGGCUGAUGAUCCAAGGGUGGAAGAGGCCUCCAAUUUCCUGAAAUCCCAUGCUGCCCGCCACGACGAUCGUGGUUCAAUGUCUGACCAAACUAUUAUUAGCCAUGGGAAUAAUUCCCUCAAUCUACCCAAAUCCCUCCUGAUCUUAUCCACCAAGUCUUUCUGA